AUUUCUUACUACAUAUUACUAAAAUCCUCGAAGUAAUCCGUGAAAAAAAUGGCUAUGGCGAGUUUGUAUCGGCGAUCUCUUCCUUCUCCUCCGGCGAUUGACUUUUCUUCUGCAGAAGGCAAGAAAAUCUUCAAGGAAGCGGUUGAGAAAGGAACUAUGGAAGGAUAUUUCAGUUUGAGUUCUUAUUUCCAGACGCAGUCAGAACCUGCGUUUUCUGGUUUGGCUAGCCUUUCAUUAGUUUUGAAUGCUCUUUCCAUUGAUUCCGAGCGUAAAUGGAAAGGGUCUUGGAGAUGGUUUGAUGAAUCAAUGCUGGAUUGCUGUGAGCCACUAGAGAUAGUGAAGGAAAAAGGGAUUUCUUUUGGAAAACUUGUGUGUUUGGCUCACUGUUCAGGAGCAAAAGUGGAAGCUUUCCGCACAAAUCAGAGCACCAUUGAUGAUUUCCGCAAAUUUGUAGUCACAUGCUCCACUUCUGAGAAAUGCCAUAUGAUCUCAACGUACGAUAGAGGAGUAUUUAAGCAGACUGGGACUGGUCAUUUCUCACCUAUAGGUGGUUACAAUGCUGAGAGAGAUAUGGCUUUGAUUCUUGAUGUUGCACGUUUCAAGUAUCCCCCUCAUUGGGUUCCUCUUAAGCUUCUUUGGGAAGCCAUGGACAGCAUUGAUCAGUCUACAGGGAAACGUAGAGGGUUCAUGCUCAUAUCUAGACCCCACAAAGACCCAGGAUUGCUCUAUACUCUGAGCUGCAAGGAUGAAAGUUGGAUGAGCAUAGUCAAGUAUCUGAAAGAAGACGUUCCUCGUCUUGUUAGUUCACAACAUGUUGAUACCGUUGAAAAAAUCUUAUCAGUUGUGUUCAAGUCGCUUCCUUCAAACUUCAACACAUUCAUCAAAUGGGUUGCUGAGAUCCGAAGAACAGAGGACGCAAAACCAAAUCUUAGCACUGAGGAGAAAUCAAGGCAAAAGUUAAAGCGAGAUGAGCUGACACAAGUGCAUGAGACUGAACUGUUCGAGCACGUCUGCAAGUUCUUAACUUCGGUGGGCUACGUAGAUAAUCUGUCAUACGCGGCUGCAAAGGCUUGUUGCCAAGGAGCUGAGAUCUUAUCUGGAAGCUCGUCAAACGAGUUAUAUUGCCGCGAAACCUCUGUGAAAUGCAUCAAAGGUCCUGGUCCUUCUGGCGUGGAGGAAGCCACGGUGAUAGCUGGGAUCGUGGUUCGUGACGGUAGUGAACAGGAGGUUGACCUGUUGGUGCCGUCGACGCAGCCUGUCCCUAAAGGCAGUGACUAUGGUCCGGAAGCAAAGUACCCAUCAGGAAACGAUGUGUUCACCGCGCUUCUGAUGGCUUUACCUCCACAGACAUGGUUUGGGAUCAAAGACCAAGCUCUUCAGAGCAAAAUGAAGAGCCUCGUUUCCGUUAGUGCCAUCUCAACUAUUCAUCACGAAGAAGUAUCGCAUCUUCGACGCCAACUUCUUCUGCUAAAACGUUGCCAAGAGAACAAGGAAGAUGAAGACCUCACUGCUAUUCUCUCUUAAUUCAAUUUCUCAAAACUAUUUGUUCUCAGAUCUCAUUCAAAACUCUGUUAGAGAGAGAGGUUGUGUUCAUCCUAUGUCUCAUCAAAACAAGAAGUGAAAA